CUCUCUACUAGACUAUCCCUCUCUGCAAAGUGUAACAAGCAAUCCGCACCCAACAUUCUCUCUCCAUCUCGCUCUCUCUCUCCCUCCGUUCAUCUUGGAAAAGAAAGCAAUGGUCUGGUCUUUUUCAUUAGUUGAACUUCAACUAAAAUGUGAAAACAACUUUUCCUAAGCUCCCCUUCCUCUUCUUCUUCUCUCUCAGAGUUCACCUGUUUUGGUUUCUCUAAUGGCGGCUGUUAUUUCUUGUUUUCAACAUCCCUAAGUUUCCGAAAGCUUUAGAUUCUUCGGCUAAGCUCCCAUUUUCUCUUUACCUGUUCAUGGAUUCUUGAACUGCUUGUUUCUUGGGGAUGGAUUAAUGGAGUACAAGUACUAGAAAGCUUGCUUGUCUAGUGCUAGUCUGAGAUCAUUAUUAGAUAUUCUAGGGCAUGCUAGAAAUUUUUACAUAAAACCCGAGUUGCCUGAUCUUUCAAACAAGGAGUUUGAUUCUGAUUAGCAAGUAUUUGGUUUGAUUUUGUUACCAACCCUUUCGUGUGAAAAGACCAUGGAAGACUUGUACAGGCUUGAUGAUCCUACAAUCUCGUGUUCAAAUGAUAUUGUAAGGGUUAAUAACUUUGCUGCAGCUAACUUUACUGCAGCUGUUACCACUGAUUUUCUCAGUCCAGUUGAUCAUUUACUUCAAUUUGAUCAUCAAGCAGCUGACACAGAUGCCACUGGAUCACAUAUGUCUGAUCUGAUCAAGACCCAGAUCGCCGGUCACCCUCGUUAUCCAAACCUAGUAUCUGCUUACAUAGAAUGCCAAAAGGUUGGAGCACCGCCUGAACUGGCCUCUCUUCUUGAAGAAAUUGGCCGAGAGAACCACCCUAUAAGCGGUUGCAGUGAGAUAGGAGCUGAUCCAGAACUUGACGAGUUCAUGGAAUCAUAUUGUGAGGUUCUUCGUAGAUACAAAGAGGAGUUAUCAAAGCCUUUCGAUGAGGCAACACUGUUCUUGAGCAACAUCGAGUCACAACUAAGUAAUCUCUGUAAAGGAGCACUGACAAAAACCCUGGAUUAUCGCUCUGAUGAGGCUGCUGGGACUUCAGAGGAAGAGUUUAGUGGUGGGGAGGUGGAAGCUUCUGAAAGUCAAGAUUUUCCUGGUGCCCAUCCAAGCCAGGACAUCAAAGGAGUGCUCAUGCGCAAAUACAGUGGCUAUCUGAGCAGUUUGAGAAAAGAAUUCUUAAAGAAAAGAAAGAAGGGUAAGCUACCCAAAGAUGCAAGGCUGAUACUGCUAGAUUGGUGGAACAAUCAUUAUAGAUGGCCAUAUCCUACGGAGGAGGAGAAGUUGAAAUUAUCAGAAAUAACAGGACUAGACCCGAAGCAGAUCAACAAUUGGUUCAUCAACCAGAGGAAGCGGCACUGGAAACCAUCUGAGGAUAUGAAAUUUGCUCUUAUGGAGGGCGUUGCCGGGAACACUGGAGGACCUUUGUACUUGGAUACUGAAGUUGGAGCUGGAAUUAAUGAUAUUUGACCAAACAACUGGACUUUUAAGGUAUCCUUUUCCGCAUGUCACUUUAUUUAGUGUUACAAUGUAUUUUAGUAUGCAAUAAUCCACACAUAUGUAAAUGAUGUUAUUUUUAAUUCAUGUGUAAUUUUUUAAAGUUAUUAAACUGUGUUGUAAUUAAUUAGUCUAAGGGCACUUGUUGAGGUGUGAUUUAUGAAAAGGUCAUAUUAAUCAUGAUAAUUCUUAAUGCAUUGAAUUGUAAUGAUAUUUCAAUAUUAAUUCAUUGAAGUCCCUGUUGUGUGCAAGCAGUAAUUUUAUAAUUUCAGUGGUGCAUGCAAGGAGCUCCUGAAAUUGUUCCAAAAAAGGGAAAAAGAAGUCCAAAAAAGGAGCUAACAACGUCUCCCAUUAAGCCCCAAUGGUGCCAUUGUAUAUGAAACCUUACUGGUAUAGGCGUGGCACGCUGAAACCCUGUAGUGUCCUUGAUAAAUCAGUGGUGAGUCAAAUAUGAGAGGUUGGAAAUAGCACUAGUUUCUGGUGUUUCCCUUGUUUGAUGAAUUUGGUUUUGGUCCUAAUGACUUUACUGACUGGCGGUUUUCACGUUACUUUUCAAAGUUUCAUUUAAGGAGCCUGUCUGAUAGUGUUUCUGAACAUAAGGAUCAGCUUUUUCUUUAAUAUUGUUCUUUUAAAGUGUGUAGUCUUGUAAGUUAGUAAUAUGUAAGGCACACUGUGAAGUCACGUCUCCUUUAACUAAAAGCAUCUCUU